CAGGUGUAGUUAUUCACCAGCUAUAGAGUGAGUUGUUGUUUAUGUUUCUAAGACUGCAGGGUGGGAGAUGCAACAAUGGCCUUGAGAACAGCAGGAAGUGUGUUGGUGGUCUUUCUCUGGUCUGUAGCAGUGAUGGGUGUAGAUGGCUGGAGUGUGACUUACUCCACUCAGAGUAUCUGUACCUUGAAGGGGUCAACAGUGGAACUGUCCUGCUCUUACACAUAUCCCAGUGGUAGAGUCACAACAACCCUCUGGUUCACUAAAAAUAAUGCUGCUGGGAAUCCUGUGAGUCUGAGUGAUGACCCAGACUACAAAGGUCGUGUGACGUACCAUGGAGAUCAGAAGACUGUCCACACCCUGACAAUCACAGACCUGAGAGAGAGUGACUCAGCUACGUACAAGUUCAGAUUUAUUACAGAUCAGACCGCAGGGAGAUAUACUGGCGAACCUGGAGUCACUCUGUCUGUCACAGGUCUUCAGGUGAAGGUGACUGGUGGACAUCAGGAUAAGACACUGACCUGUAGCACCACCUGUACUCUGACUGGUAACCCCACCUACAUCUGGUACAAGAACGGACAACAUCUAGAUGAGAGCACCUCCCCCCAGUACAAAGACCCAGUCUCCAGUAACUAUGAAGACGGCUACUCCUGUGCUGUAAAAGACCAAGUAAGGGGUGUUGGGGUGUGA